CUACACCAGUCUAGCGCUGGAGCAGAAUAUCGCAGGGAAGGGGAUUCCAGCAGGUCCCGGCUCUCUCUCGCGUCACAGUAGCUUCAGUAAAGCAUUCAAAUGUUAGUCGGUCGUCGGACAGAGUGGUCGAGCGUGAAAAAUCGCUCGCACGUCUCACAUGACGUUAAAGAGUGACGUGUACCUCCCUCAGUGUGUAGCGAAUUCGCAAGUGAUUAUUCGGUGAAAAAUCGUUAAGAAAAAAUGAAUUUCGUGAUCGGAGUCUUGCCGAAAAGUGACAUAGUGUCUUCUUUUCAAAGUUGAUUAAAGCUCGGUGCCAAAACGAAGUGGUGAGACGCGCGAUCUUGCCAAAGGGUCGACCACGUCGCGUUCGGCUCGACGUUCACUGCGAUAAUAAGUGUAUGUGUCUUUUCCAACAAUACAGGGCAUGAUUGUUUUCUCUGUGAUACAAUAAUAGUGCCACAGGAAGUUAAGGUUGAGGAUCAGUUAAGGGGAUUAGUUUCUGAGAAGAUGACGGCAGACAGGCUUUUUGAGACUACCAGCAUCCCAGGGCAUCUUGCUCCCACGCCAGAGAGAUUGGAGAGGCUCCUCUCAAAACAGCCUCUCGAGGAGCUAUACGAGGUCGAGGAACAGCCUUUCGCACGAGGAAAGUAUGCUACGGUUCGAAGGUGCAGGGAAAGAUCUAGUGGAAGGCUAUGGGCAGCUAAAUUUUUGAGGAAAAGGCGGCGAGCCCAGGAACUUCGAGCUGAAGCUCUUCAUGAGGUUGCAGUUCUGGACGCUACAGCUCACUGUUCUCGUCUCGUUUCUCUCCAUCAGGUUUUUGAAACUAAGUCCGAGAUGGUCCUCGUCCUAGAAAUGGCUCCCGGUGGUGAAUUACAAAUGGUGCUGGAUAAGGAUGAAGUCCCUGAAGAGCGACAAGUGGCCAGAUUGCUCAAACAAAUUCUUCAUGGCAUUGCUUUUCUUCAUUCCCUUAACGUAGCACAUCUUGAUAUUAAGCCUCAAAAUUUGGUCCUCACUGGUGAUUUUCCUGAUUGUGAUGUGAAACUCUGUGAUUUUGGAAUAUCUCGGUACAUCAAUCAUGGCGCGGAUAUUCGAGAAAUUCUAGGCACCCCAGAUUACGUUGCCCCAGAAGUAUUGAACUACGAGCCGAUAAGCCUCGCAACCGAUAUGUGGUCCGUUGGUGUUCUGCUGUAUGUUCUUCUGACAGGGUGUUCGCCAUUUGGAGGAGACACCAAGCAGGAAACCUUUUGUAAUAUCAGCCGCUGCCACUUAGACUUUCCUGACGAUCUCUUCGAAGAUGUUUCGACAGAGGCACAAGAUCUCAUGCGGAAGCUCAUGGUUAAGGACCCAAGAGAGAGAUUGUCAGUUACCGACUGCCUGGAACACUCAUGGUUCAGGAUGUUUGAUGCACCGAUGGCCCCUCUUUCAUCUUCGAUGUCUCUCGAAGUCAACUUAUUGACCUCAAGUCCAGUACAUUCAGAGAAGGAGACUCAGCAAACGAGAUCAUCGACGCCUGAGCCAGAAGUUUGUAUGUGCUCGACACCUUUAAGUUUGCCAAAGGACGAUUCAGAGAAGAGCAAAGUUACAGCAAGUCAAACAAGUGCGCUUGAUGCAAAUUGCACUGCAACGCGAGCUAUCUCUUCACAUACAGAGAACAUCCACUCAAAGCCAAAGACGACACCCCUGAGAAUUGGUCUCAGUGCGAAUCGAAGGGACACGUUCAAAAGGAACAUGGAGUCAUUAGCAGAAAAGUUUUCUAUAAGCACGGAAAUCGUCAUUCUGGAAGCAGCAGCUUCGAGUAGUUCGCAGAGGAGAGCGACUGCUACUCAUACGAUGCCCGCCGGAGAGAUCUUCAAGUGCAUGCCUGUUUUUAUUCUGGGGGAAGAGCAGCAGUGCAGCGACAGUGGCAGCGAUACCGUUUCGGAAAUUUCUACGGAUAGUUCCAGCGAUCGGAGCAGCAUUUACUCUGACGAUUCGCUAGACUUUAUUCUCUAUGGCAAAAGUCAAGGCAGAGCGAGCUUUCCUUUCACUGGUCCGGAAUCUGACAGGUGGGAUCAGAGGCAUCAUCAUCGAGUCUGGCCCCGGGAGUGCAACGGUGUUGUUAGUAAAGCUCUCAGUCGUUUCACAGCCGAGCCUGGUUGUGGAAAAGUGACAAAGAACACUGCGCCACCCGGCACCCGGGGGAAAACAGGGUUAGAAGCUCUUCGUGAGCGAGGAGGUAACCUGGUCGUGAUUAGAGAGCCCGUCAGGGCCGGCAGGUACACAAGGUACAGUGAAGUCCAGUGCGAGUCAGUCCAGGCCCGAAUUCGAAGGUUCCAGGUCCAUGGCGGUUCCUAGAAUUCCCUAAUUCCGCAUCUACAUCGGAGCUUGGCAUACGCAAAAAAUGCACUGGGAAGGUGACGCCGACAUCGGCACUAUCGCUUUGCGUGCUCAAUAUAGGCAGCUUGAAAACCUGUCUAGGGCCUAGAUGCUUCGCGAGGAAUGGCGAACGUUCGGUCAUUAUUGUUGUAAAUAGGAAUGCGUGAUCCGUUGUAAAUAGUUUAGCGAGUGUGAUGAGAUUGCUGGCGACCGUUUCCCUCUGAUUCCGGAGUAAUGUGUGAUGUAAUGGACGAUGUAAAUAGAGAGGAAAAAGUCUUCAUUUUUAAGAUACGGUGCGAGUAGAAGCGAGAGAGAAUAACGAGAUAAAGAGUGGCGCAAAAAUAGGCUGUUUUCUCCCCUAUUUUUUGGACCUUGCUAGCUACCGGGAGAAAAAAUAUAAAAAUAUGUUACAGGUAUCAAAUUACUCGUCAUUAAAAACCAAAGGGAGCAUCGCUUUUCGUUUAUUUUUUAAUUUUAAAAAAUCACCCCUACUUAGGGGCUGAUAAAACCCCCAAAAAUUAAAAAGUAGGCAAUACCACUAAUUAUAAAAUCAUUUUUCAUUGUAUUUUUUUUUAUAAAAUAAACCUCAUAAAAGUAAAAUC